AUGGCAUCCGCUGAAAAACCAACGGCCGAACAGCCAACGGCCGAACCGCCAACGGCCGCAACCGUGUCGUUGCGCAAAUUCAUAGCCGCCAGCGAUCGUGUGAGCAUUUUUGAAGCUAAGAUUAAUACUCCAGGUCAAACUUCCCCGUCCCUACAUCUGCUACAAGUCCGCCAGCAACAAGUGAGAGCCUUAUGGGACAAGGUAGAGACGGAGUACGACAUGUGCUCCGAUCUAAUUGCCCAAGAAGGAUCCCUCGAAAUGGUGUCCGUGCUGCAGAGCAAAUAUGACUAUUGCUAUUCGGUGUAUGAGUCAUGUUCUGCAGAGAUCAGCGCGACAAUUGACAGUGCCACGCCUCAAGCCGUGCAACCACCCUCCCAGCCAAUCAUUUCCUCCGGUUGCCGCUUACCUCCCUGCGAUACAGAAGUCUUCGACGGGGACUACCUUCGAUGGCCCACUUUCCGGGACCUAUUCACGGCAGUCUAUGUCAACAACCCCAGGCUGACACCGGUCGAGAAGCUCUUCCAUCUUCUCACGAAGACGAGCGGCGAGGCGAAAGCCAUCGUCUCCAAAUCCCCGCUCACAAAUGACGGGUUCGCCUCUGCGUGGGAAGCGCUUCAAGACCGUUUCCAAAACAAACGACUUCUAGUCAACAGCCAACUCAAGCUUCUGUUCAACUUGAGUUCCAUCUCCAAAGAAUCUGGUCAUGCGCUGAAAGAGCUGCAGUCCACGAUUCAGGGGGUGCUUGACAGCGCUAGCACAUUCCCAAAUAUCCACGGACAACUGGGAUUGUCUGCUGGUGUUCCUGUGCGCAAGCAAGCUGCCGAAAAGAUGAACACCUUCCUAAGCGAGAGAUAUCGCACAUUAGAGGCCAUCGAGGACAUGAAGCCGACUCAAGCAGUCCCGAAAAAGCUUCAGUCCUUCGAAACGAAAGUCAGCACCAAGCCAAAAGGAUCCUCCACGCCCUCUGCUCAGCUAUCUUCAGGACCCUCCACCAGUAAUGCAUCGACGAGUAAUCCUACGGUGCAGAAUUACUUCGCCUCUGGCACUACAGCCGUUCUUCUGAGCACGGCAAUUAUCGAUGUGUGCCAUCUAGGCACGAACUACCGAGCACGAGCCUUAAUCGACUCGGGGUCCGAGGCGACUUUCAUUUCCGAACGCCUCUUCAAUUUGAUCAAGCUGCCAUUCCGCAGCAUCCAAACUCAAGUCUCCGGGCUGAACCAAUCCGUUUCGGCGAAGUCUACCAGACUCUGCCAUUUUCAAGUGCGAUCUCCUACUAAACCGGGUCUCCAGUUAGACACCGCAGCCUAUGUCCUUCCGGCAUUGGCGGGCAAAUUGCCCUCAUAUCCAAUAGCUCGGGAUUCUUUGAAAGACCUGCCCGCUCUCCAAUGGGCAGACCCCAAAUUCUACGAGAGUUCGCAAAUUGAUGUUCUGAUUGGGGCUGACAUUUUACCUUCGGUCAUGCUAAGUGGCACGCGAGGAAACAUUUGCGGCUCUCUACUAGGCCAAGAGACCAUUUUCGGAUGGGUGCUUACGGGGCCGAUCUCCCAGGUGAACUCAAACAGAGUCGCAUCCUUCACGACUCAAGUGCACCAAGUAGGUGACGAGGCACUGGACACGCUUCUCAGCAAGUUCUGGGAGGUGGAAGAUCUACCAGUCCAGAUGGUAAAGGAGUCGGAUUCCUAUUGCGAGAGGAACUUUCUCCGAACGACGAAGAAAGACGCAAGCGGGAGCGUGAUUCAGGAAUAUCUGGAUCUGGGUCAUAUGAAAGAAGUUCCGUCGACUCACAAUUCUCCUACCUACUAUCUUCCACAUCAUGCGGUGAUCAAGCCCGAAAGCACCACUACAAAGCUUCGCGUUGUAUUUAACGCUUCAAGCCCUUCAGCAAAUGGAACCAGUUUAAAUGAUAUUCUUCAUGCUGGUCCAGUCCUGCAAUCCGAUCUGACUAUUCAGAUCCUGAAGUGGCGAUGCUUCCAAUAUGUCUUCAGUGCGGACAUUACUAAAAUGUACCGUCAGAUUUGGGUCGAUUCCAAGCACACACCCUUUCAAAGAAUUCUGUUCCGAAAUAAGGAAGGAGAUAUCCGAGACUUCGAGUUACAGACAGUUACUUUCGGGGUCAACUGCGCGCCCUUCUUGGCUAUCCGAGUGCUGCAACAGCUAGCAAAGGACGUCCAAGGGCCAUUUCCACAGGCCAGCCGCAUUAUUCAGCAUCACAUGUAUGUCGAUGACGUGCUGGCCGGUGCAAAUUCCGUAAAAGACGCCCAAGAUUCUGUCCAAGAAUUGCGAGCAGCUCUGAGUUCCGCUGGAUUUCCAUUAAGAAAAUGGACUUCUAACAAUAAGAGCAUACUAAGCAAUAUUCCAGCUGAGCACCUUCUCCAUAGCGAGUUCCUCGAUAUCGAUGCCGAAAGCACGGCCAAGACGCUUGGUAUCCGAUGGAGGGCAAAGUCCGACGAGUUCUAUUUCGUCCCUCCAGACCUAAUAGUGCAACCCUCCUACACCAAGCGGGAAGUUUUAUCCCAAAUCGCUAAGUUGUUCGAUCCUGCCGGAUGGCUGGCUCCGUUCAUCAUCCGUUCCAAAAUGUUUAUGCAGGAGAUUUGGUUGCAAGACUUAGGCUGGGAUGACAAGCUUCCCACGCACAUGAGUCAGAGAUGGCAGUCUUUUCUCAGAGAAUAUUCCGACCUCAACAAGAUCCGCGUUCCAAGGUGGGUUGGGUACCAGCCAGAGGUCAUCGUAGAGCAUCACGGCUUCUGUGACGCGUCGCAGAAAGCCUAUGGAGCUGCUAUCUACGUCCGCGUCGUGAUGGGUCACCAGAUCUUGACUCGUCUGCUGACAGCCAAGACACGAGUGGCUCCGGUGAAAACCGUGUCCCUCCCCCGGCUAGAGCUCUGUGGAGCGGUGCUUUUAACCGAAAUGGUGACAGCAAUCCUUCCGCAUUUGCCUACCGCCAGUUCCGACCUCCGCUGCUGGACAGAUUCCACGAUCGUCCUAGCCUGGUUACACAGUCGAGGCGUACCCCUGAUCGACCUAGCGGAUAGCAAACUUUGGUGGCAAGGACCAGAGUGGCUGCAAGGGCCUCGUGAGCUAUGGCCUGCCAAAAAUGCCAUCGAUCCGACCGAAUUAGAACAGCGUGCAGUCAAGGUGCAUUUCAGCCAGACCCCGUCCGAAGAAUAUCUUGAGCGUUUCUCCAAACUGGACAAAGCUCUGCGGGUCUUAACGUACGUUCUGCGAUUCCUUAAACGCUGCCGCAAGAGCUCGAUCUCGCCCGCUCCACGACCCACAAGUGAUGAAAUCCGGGAGGCAGAAAGAGUUUUAAUCUCCAUUGCGCAGCGCAGAGCAUAUGGCCAAGAGCAGAAGCAUCUGGCCGAGAAAAGGUCCCUUCCAGUGUCCAGUCCGAUUGCGAACUUGUUUCCGUUUAUCGACCAACACGGCCUCCUAAGAGCAUGCGGUCGCCUUACUGCUGCCAAAGGGUUGCAGUAUGACGAACGCCAUCCAAUAAUACUUCCCUAUGACUGCAGACUGGCUCGCCUUCUCAUCCAAUUUGCUCACCAGAUUACUCUUCAUGGCGGUAGUCAAUUAAUUGUACGCCUGAUCCGAUCGAAGUAUUGGAUUCCUAAAAUCAAGAAUCUGGUGAAGGCUGUGGCUAUCCAUUUGGAACCCACUUCCGAUCUGACAACCGAGAAGUUUCUAGCGGCCUUUGCUCGUUUCGUAGCGAGGCACGGUUGUCCUCAGCGGGUCCAUUCGGAUAAUGGCAAGACCUUUGUGGGGGCAGCAACUCUGCUUUCUCGAGACUUCCUACAAGCCGUCAAGGAGUCUGUGACUGAUGCAUACAGCCAUCAGGGGCUCGUAUGGCGAUUUAUUCCACCAGGGGCUCCACAUAUGGGGGGUCUAUGGGAAGCGGGCGUCAAGAGUUUUAAGACUCUGUUUUACAAAGCUUCCGCGACCCGCAAGUACACUUUCGAGGAACUUGCGACGCUCCUCGCAAAGAUUGAGGCUUGCCUCAACUCAAGACCCCUCUCCCCGAUGUCCGAAGAUCCCUCAGACUUGCUGGCCCUCACACCGGGCCAUUUUCUUGUUGGAGGACCGUUGCUCUCCACGGCGGAGCCCGAGAUAAAGGGCGAAGCCAAAUCGAUACUCAAUCGAUGGCAACAUUUAAAGGCCCAACAUCAGCAGUUCAGUGUUCGGUGGAAAGAGGAGUAUCUAAAGGAACUCCACAAACGCUACAAAUGGCAAUAUCCGACCCGAAACCUCCAAAUCGGCGACAUGGUAGUCGUCAAGGAGGACAAUCUUCCAUCCGACGAAUGGCGGCUCGGCAGAAUCAGUUCUGUCUUCCCAGGAGCCGAUGACCUCAUCCGAGUUGUGGAGAUCCGCACCGCUCGUGGGACUAUUAAGCGCCCAGUCCAUAAGGUCAUACUUCUUCCUGCGGGGGAUCAAGUAUCCUCCGUUCCCAGGGACUAG